AUGUAUAGAAGGUCUCUUAUAAAAGGCCUGGCGCUCGUUGAGCCUGUCCUAUGUCGCCGGCCAACACCUCGGGUUGUUAUUAGAUCAUCUGCAUGCGCCCCAACUCCACGAACCCAACGUCUUCUAUCGACGACAUCUGCUCGCCAAACCUCCGAGAUUCGCAGCAUCGCAGAGCUCCCAGAUAGAAUACAUCCUCGAUAUCUACAAAGCACCAAACCUGGAUCAUCGCUUCUAUCGCUAAAUUGGCCCAAGCCCCCCCAAAAUCUUCUUAUUAUCCACAAACUGUACUCGGAUACAGUAGUCGAUGCUGUCGUCAAGUUCUCAACGUACCUUCGCAAUGAAUACCCUGAAGUCAACCUCGUGUUCGAACCACGGAUCGCCGAGUCGUUGAAACAAGGCCUUGACUUUCCGAUCUAUACUUCCGACUCUCGUUCCAACAUGGCAGACAAGAUUGACGUCAUUGCAACAUUCGGCGGAGAUGGCACUGUCCUGCGAGCGGCCAGUCUUUACAAGCUCCAUGGUUCUGUUCCUCCGAUCCUUUCGUUCAAUAUGGGAACAUUAGGAUUCCUCGGCGAGUGGGAUUUUAGAGAAUACAAAAAGGCUUGGAGGGAGACGUUUAUGAGUGGCAGUGACGUUGCUACACGCGAGGCCAACUAUCCUCGAGGAGAUUGGGACAAAGCCAGUCCAGUAUCAUACGCAGCAUGGGACAGACAUAAGGGGAAAAGCAUGGGGGCUCAACGAGCUUCCAAGGUGCUGCUCCGCCAUCGCAUCAAGGCUGAUGUGUAUGAUCCAUCUGGAAAUAACAUCAAUCAUUGGCUGUCGGAUACACUGUCGAGCGAGGCGAAGACUGGGGCGAAGGCCUUGGCAGUCCCUCAAGAGCCAUCGCCGUCACUGAGGGCUAUCAACGAGAUAUCAGUGCAUCGAGGGUCUCAUCCUCACCUGGCGAGGAUUGAUAUCUAUCAAAACGGCCAUUUUCUUACCGAGACCACAGCUGAUGGUAUCUUGAUCAGCACUCCAACAGGCUCAACCGCAUACAGUUUAAGUGCAGGUGGUCCAAUUGUUCACCCGCUUGUCAAGUCGCUCCUUAUCACGCCCAUCAGUCCUUGCAGUCUCAGUUUCCGAUCCCUUGUACUGCCACUUGAUACCAAGGUCACAUUACGGAUGAGCCGGAAGAACCGCGGACGUGAGCUUGAUCUCAGCAUUGAUGGCAAGCGAUGUGCUGGAGUAUCACCAGGAACUGAGAUCCGGGUGGAGGGUGAGUUUGUUGGACGCGCUGGCCCUGGAGAAGAGUGGCAUGGCGGUGUGCCAUGCAUGAUCCGAACCGAAGAUGAUGAUCCUUGGGUGGGCGGUUUGACCGGCUUACUCAAGUUCAAUCAUCCCUUUGGACGAGAACCUGCUGGGGACGAGUACGCCGACUAA